GCGCCUUGGAACGUUUUUGGUGUGAGCGGGGACGGUGGCCGGGAGGGUCGUCGCCCGUCCUCCGCGUUCUGGGGCCUGGGGCGCCAUGCGCUACAACGAAAAAGAGCUACAGGCGUUGUCCCGGCAGCCGGCCGAGCUGGCGGCCGAGCUGGGCAUGCGGGGCCCCAAGAAGGGCAGCGUGGUGAAGCGCAGGCUGGUGAAGCUGGUGGUCAAUUUCCUUUUCUACUUCCGGACCGACGAGGCCGAGCCUGUUGGAGCCUUGCUGCUGGAGCACUGCAGAGUGACCCAUGAAGAGCCCACCAGCUUCUCCAUCAGCUUCGUCGAGGACCCAGAGAGGAAGUAUCACUUUGAGUGCUGCAACGAGGAGCAGUGUCAGGAGUGGAUGGGGGCUCUUCGUCGAGCCAGCUACGAGUUCAUGCGCAGGAGCGUCAUUUUCUACAGGAAUGAGAUCCAGAAGAUGACUGGCAAGGUGUGCACAGGGCAUGGGAAGUGGGAGGUUGUUCCUCGGCCCGGGCUCAUGCCACCCGUCCACCACACAGGACCCCCUGGAACAGUUCGGCAUAUCGGAGGAGGCCCGGUUCCAGCUGAGUGGCUUGAAGGCAUGAGUCUAGGAUUGGGCUUGGGCUCCUCAGCUUGACUCACUGGGGCCUGAAGGAGCCCUCCCCACCCUCGCCGGGCCCUGGGUUUCCUGGCCAAACCUGGAUUUUUGGAGUGAGGUGUUUUGGCUUAAAGACUUCAAUAGCCUAAGGCUGGUGAGGGUGGGCAGAGGCUGUGCCUUGGGACCCAUCAGACUAGUCCAGCACCUGUCAGUGCCACAUGCUGCUGCUAGGGGACGAGUGUCUACUCCUAGGAGCUGUGCCUGCCUCCUGGGGCCCAUCCACCUAGGGCCUGGUGGAUGCCCGAGGCCGGCGCAGCUCUCUUGCCCUGUGCAGGCUGAAUGUAUGAAGCUAGAUAAUGCUGUGAAGGGCGCGGAGGCCGCGCCUCCUGGACUGCUGUGAAUUCUGCUGAGGGCCAGGACCCCACCAGCACCUCUGGACAGAGCUGGAAGCGUUUGCCCUCGAGCUGACAUGCUUGUUCUGCUCAAAUAAAGUGCCAUGUCAUAGGGACAAGCACCAGAGCAGCCAGGGCUCUGACUGAACCCACCCAAGCUGGAGCACCCCACCGCGAGGGGUCCAG